AUGCCUGACGCCUGUGUUGUUUUCGGUUGUAGCAGAACAGCCGAUCCCCAAAGAGGUAUCAGGCGUCAUGUAAUUCCUUUCUUUGAUGAUCCACACCAGGAAAGCAUUAAAAGACGACGGAAAUGGGUGAACUUUGUCCAGCAGAGGAGAGCUAAAUGGGAGCCAACCAAGCAUUCAAAGAUCUGCUCCUUACAUUUCAAAAGGGAAGAUUUCAUCUCGUCCUCGCCUGAAGGAAGACGAUCCAGGGCCUUGCGUCUUUCCCAGUACACAAGCAAACAGCCCUGAAUUCGAAGGCUCUGCUAGUACCAAACCUCAGUCGGCUCGAGCUAAAAGGUCAAUCGCUGUAAAGGUGAGAAAUUAAUGUAGUACACUACUUAUGGAAAUACUUAAGCUUUAUACAUAUAAUCUCAACCUUUUGCAAAAUCGUUGAAGUUUGGCAGUUUGUUUAUAAGCUUUCUUUUUUUUCCUUUCAAGAGAUACAGGCGUCAAGAAGCACGAAAACAUCUUCUGCUGGCGAGGAAAAUUCCGCGAAAGGUGACGAGAAUUCCGUGGAAGAGCAGCAUGUGCCAGUCGAAAAUCAAAGCCCCUCUGAAUGUGUUGCUGUUGCUGCUGCUGCUGAAGAGGUCUCUGAGGUCAGGCAGGUAAAAACUGUCGAACUGCCCGAAGAAGAAGCAUCGACCGUGGAAGUUGAGCGCGAGAUCGAGGGUUCUAGCAAUUGUGGUGAACUACAAAAUGAGAUACGGAUAUUACGAAAUCAAGUGAAGUCGCUUCAGGGUAAAUUGAGCGAGCAUCGAAAAGAGAAGAAGAAAAUUAAGCGGAAGGCUAAGUGAGUACUUUAUUUAUCACCACUUCACUGGUUUACUUGUAAUGAAUGGAAGAAAUGAAUUUUAGAUUUUUUCCGAGUACAUCUACCCUCAACUAUCUGAGAAUUUUUCCAAAUCUAUAUAUUUUUAUAGUUUCAACCUAUCACAAGCAUCUGUUAGAAGACAUUCCCUUCACAACUCAAUAAAUACAGUACCACAAGUGAAGAGUAAAACAAUAUGUUUUUCGUCUCUCACCUAUAUUUCGACCGUGUAAAACGGCCUUCACCAGGGUCUUCAUCAGGUUAUCGUUUCAUGUGUAGAUGUAUAAGAAUGAGGAAAAGCUUAACUACCAGCUUUCUAUCAUAAAAAAAUCGUUGAUAGUUGAUUAAGUGUACUUAUAUUUUUCUCUAGCAAGCAGUUUUGGACAUAUCGCCAAAGAAAAUGAAUCAACCUUACGUGUAGAUGCCGAAGGUGGGGAUGCAAAUAGGGAUGGUGAUGAUGAUGAUGAUGAUGAUGAUGAUGAUGAUGAUGAUGUAUAUAACUAUAAUGUGCAUGAGGAGUCUGAUGAAGAAGGAGGUGGCACAGGUAACACCGAGACAGAAACGGAUGAGACUAUCGAGACUGAUGAGACAGAAACAGAGACAGAAACAGAGACGGAGGAAGACAACUGUGAUGACAAAGCUGAUCUGGAAGUUGAUAAAAAAUUGACUAUUUACUAUUUUUAGCAUUCACAUUUGCAGGCAGUUUUGUGUCAGCUAAUAGUAAACUAUUAGCAUGAUGAUAAUUUUGUUUGAGAAAACUUUCAUAAACGUUCGCAAAACUUCACCUUCCUUUAAACAGAUAUUGUCGUAAAAGGCCAGAAAAGAUUAAUGUUAGUGAAGAUCAUGCAAAACCCUGUCAAGUGUUUUCACACACUAACAUUGCACUGUCCUGUUCUUCUGGGCCAUCCUGUUGUGUAAACUCACGCGUGGGUUAUUACAUCCGUACCCUGCUCACUAAGACAUUUCCCCUUAAACAUCAAGUUGACUUAGCAGGUAUAGUAGUCAUCAUUACCUGUCAAUCAACAAGUCUUGUCGGUUACAUCUACUUAAAAUGGGAACAUUAAAGUUUGAAAAUGGUUAUUUUGUUAAUGGCUACCUUUCUUUCUGGGUGGCUCCUGCAAAUAGGGCUCAAAGCUAGUGUUUUUGCCAUCUUCUUAAACUUACAAACAAAGAAUAUUAUUUCAUGAUUUUUUUUACAAACACCGAUUGACAACUGCUGGAACAAGCCUGAGGUCACAGCCGAAGCACAUUGUGUUUUUAUCACAGCUGCUUCUCCUUUUUCAACUUUCGCCAUGUUUGUAAGACAAACAACCCUUCAAUAGAAGCCAGGCAAAUUGAAACCAAAGCAGUGGUGACAAGUACAUGCCAUAACCCAAACUGCCCAAAGCAAGUGGACACUUGGCAUAGUCAGCCAAACAUGCCAAACUCAGGAAUAGCAGCUGGCAAUUUCCUGCUAUGCAUGGCUGUACUGCUGGCUGGAGGCUCUGCUACGAAAGUAUUCCGAAUUUUCUCACAUAUGGGCCUUGGCUAUGUGUCCCUCAACACCUUCUUUAAAUUCCAAAGGGUAAGCCUAUUUCAGUGCUGGUCACGAGUUCCAGUUAAUUGCAGGCAAUGAUAUAAAUGAAUAUUGUGGUACAGCUUAACUAAAGUACAAAUUAGUUCCACACUACAGAUUUAAAUAAUGUUAUUAAAGUGAUUAAUUCAAAUUGAAAAAAAGUUACAAUACCAUGCAGUAGGUAAAUGAUAACGUAAUGUAUUGUUAUUGUUCUAUUUGAAAACAUAUUGAGCAAAAAGCUGCUGCAUGCUUUACAAACCUGGAUGUACAUAAACUAAUCUUAUUAUUAUUAUUAUUUAUUAAUAUUAUUUUUCUCAUUUGCAAUCUUUUUUUCAUAGCAAGCUCUUUCCAACAAUUUCACUUUAUUGGGUAAAAUAUCAAGCGAAAUUGUUGGAAAAGGUGAAAGCUAUCCAAGGGGGCAUUGUGUUAGCAGGAGAUGGAAGACACGACAGCAUGGGACAUAGCGCCAAGUUUGGAGCUUACACUAUGUUUUGUUGUACUCUGCCAAUGAUAAUCCACUUUGCCCUUAUUCAGGUAAGAGUGAAAACUCAUGGUUUAUUCUUCAAAUGUUUGUGAAUUUUACAGCCAGUGUUAGCUUUAUUUCACGUCACCACCGCUGAUGGGACAUACAGUUAAGAAUGCUAAUUUUAGUUCACUCCAGUGAUACAAGCUUGUGGGAUUGACGUUGACCAGCUUUUUUUCUUAUUAUUAUUCGCAGAGAAACCAGCCAGGAAGCAGUCCUGCCAUGGAAUUCAUGGGCUUCAAGCAAUGCAUGGAAUUUCUGUUGGGCUGUGGGGUUUUGAUAACCACAUUCAUGUCUGUUCGCCACACCACCAUUGCAAGCCACAUGAAGCAGGUGCUGAGCAACAUUGCCCAUUACUUUGACAUAUGGCAUUUGAAGAAGAGUAAGUAUCCUCUAAUAAAGUAAAUGUGUAAACCUGUAAUUUUUCACAGUUUAGUGAUUUCCUUGCAGAUUUACAUUCUCCAACAAAACUGGCAGGCCUUACUGAAACUACAAACUUGUAUGUUUAUUCAAGUGAAUUAUUUUAGAAAACAUGUAAUAAAAAAAAUUGAUAUUAUUGAUGAAAGCAUUAAACCAUUCAAUGUCCUUAAUCAACACCAAUCUUUGAAAAACCACCCGGCUGACUGAAAUGUUAACUAUGUAUGGUCCAUGACAUUUAUAUUAACCUGUGUGCUAGAUCAAAUCUUUACAUGCUGUAAUGAAUAUAAACUACCAGUAAAUGUACAAUUUAAACUUAUUGGUUGUAAUGUUUGCUUCCCUAAUUUUUUUGUGUACAUGUAGAAAUAAGAAAGGUCCUUAGCAAUCUGUCUAAAGAGAAAGGUUGUGAGAUUUUGGCUGAAUGGAUAAAGUCGUGUGGGAACCAUUUGUAUUGGAGUACGACCACUACCUUAAGCGGCAAUGAGAAAGUGAUUUGGGCAAAGUUUAAGACUUUCUUAAGUCACAUUAUUAACAAGCACUCUUCCCUUGACGAUCCCCUUUUCAACAAGUGUGGACAUGGACAAAUACACCCAAGAAAAUGGCUUCCUGCUGGUAUAUUUCAUAUCAGAAAUAUUAGCCUUAUUAAAAGGGAAAUACUUUCUCCAUUUGUCUUAGAUUAUGCUUGCUUAUGCAGUAGUUUUAUCUAACACAGCAUAGCAGGUAUCCUGGCCUGGUAGCCUUUGUCAUCUGGGCCAGGUUGUUCAAAGCAGGGUUAUGAUAACCCAGGGUUAAUGUGAAAUUUGAAUUGAGAUAUGAAAGCGUAAAAAGAAAAGUAAGUUUAUUUCUUUCUACAAAUUGAUGAUUGGAUGCAGAAAGAAACCCUGAUUAAUAAAUAACUCUGCCCUGCCCCACCUUCAAACAAUUGGACCCUGUAGAAUGAAAUGUUGUGUUUGUCUUUCUUGUUUCCUGCUUUUAGGUUCUGUUGCCUAUGAAAAGCUUUACGCUGCCUUGACAAAAAAUAGCCUUGUGAAGGGAAUAAAACAGGCAUCACCUUUUGCCCAAACUAGGUGCCUGAGAGUACUCCAUUCACUACUACAGUCGACUCUCUCUUAACGGACACCUCUAUAAGAUGGACACCUCUGUAAAAUGGACACCUAGAGUUGGUCCCUGCCUUUCUUUCCUACCUCUAUUUGACUCUCUGUAAGACGGACAUCUCUCUAAGACGGACAGCUAGUGCUGGUCCCAAAGGUUUCCGUCUUAGAGAGAGUUGACUGUAAACCAAUUUGCUCCAAAGAUGAUAGCAUAUUCUUAUGUUGGGGUGUAUUGCGGUAAGAAUAAUCUCUCGCUCCACUGAUUUUGCUGAACAAAGAACUUAAUAGGUUUUUUUUGUUUCCUGUUUUUACAAAAAAAGGCCAAAGCAUUUUUGGCAUACAUUUUUUCUUGCAAUUAAAAUAAGCUAAAACUGGCAAAAAAAAUGCAGGGCAAUGUUUUUCUGUUGAAUCAGAGGCCACAUGGAAAAAUUUUAGCUGAUUUGGAAGAAAAAAACAUCCAAAACGUUUGUUCACAAAGUGUUAUUCCAAGCCCUUCAUUAUUGAAUGAUAUUACAUUUUUGUAGUUUAGUCUGUAUAACCUCUUUAUUGAAAAUAUUGCCUGUUUUUAUUACUGGGCUGCCUGUGCAGCCCAGUUAUAAAUUCGGUUUUCGGUCAUCGGUGCAGAAAAACGGCCUCCGAGUGGAGGGAAGACACGAGGGUCUGGUACCGAGAAACGAUGUUCUCACAAAUGGUUUCAUAGGAUUUUCCUUUGCACGGACCCUUGUACGAAUACUUUUUUGUUCCUCGUCUCCACCCCACCAGAAACCCAGAAGGCGUUCCGAACCUGAGGAAGGCUAUUUGGGUUGUUCGAAGCGAUUCGAUCAUAGGAGUCACUCUAUAAUUUUUUUAUUGUCCGAGUUUAAGUCAGUUGAUGAUGUUGGCGCUGGGAAACUCAGAGAAAUGCUCACGUUGCAUACAAACCCACACGCCGUUCACGGUAGGUUCACACUAAAAGAUGACUGUGAGCGUCAGGUUUGGAACACCGGGGCUGCUUCGUGAACUCAAAGAGAGAAUUGUCGAUCGAUGUAGUACAUGAGCAAUUAAUAAGCACAAUUUAUGAGCAAAGUAUUUUACCAGUUGACGACACUAUGGCUGAAGACUUGAUCGUAAGCUGUCGUAGUCAGUGAAGCGAACAACUUAGUUGCCGAUGAAUGUCAGAUGAAUCCUGACGUUACGCACGCCCAUGAGCGAGGGACGUGACAACUUUGCCAUGUUAGAAGACCGGCUUUUCCUUUAAAUAUUUCGUUCUAUUUAAUGCAACACACGUCACUUUGGAGGUCUAAAUUUCGGAUACUGAGGAUAAAGAAGACACGGACAAAAAUAGGAACUCUGAGAAUUUCGCACACAAGUUCAAAGCUUCACUGGAACAUACCAUCCGCGAGCUUCACAAAGAGCGACUUGAGGAAAAUAGGAGCUAUUACUGACAAGGUUUGGUGACUGAGUAGAGCAUACAAGUGUAGCCCACGGCGAGGUUUCAGGGGGUUUGCUUUUGUUUGUAUCUGUAUCUUGCUAAGCUUUUAUGGGGUGCAUCAGUUGAGACGACUUAUGCGGUUCUAAAUCUCAAAGGAAGGCGUCACAUUGGGAUGCAGGACUAGUACAGCAUCACAGUAGUUUUUUGGCACGAGAGAUUUCAUAAUACCAUGUGUCUAGUACCUAGCAUAUAGUAGUUUUACGGUAGACAGGAAUACCACGACUGUAAUAUGGGUUACAGACGGAUACAAUUCUAGUUUAGUCACAUUCUCACUUGGCAUCGUAGUAGCAACAUUCACUUUUAUUGCACUAGCAAUCAUUUUACCAAAGUCAAUUUAUUUUUGUCAACUAUGAGUAUAAACGAGCUUUUAUCAAUUGUCAAACCUGGCGAAGAGGAAACGGAGCCUUUAACAGACGAUAAACACACCCUAAAGCGACCGCGAAAAUGUCCAGGGUGUAAAUUGCUCCAUGCAGACCACACUUUUGGCGAUCACGGUCCUUAUUGCACUGGCCCUGACGAUACACAUCUUUCAGAUGAUGGAAACCAUCCGACAGACGAGGAAAAUGAUCUCCUUGAGCAAGUAAAGCAACUAAAGCUUAAGGAAGAAGCCUUGGCGAAGAAAUCUCGCAUUGAAAAAUUCAAACUCGAGGUAGCCGAGAGACAGCGCCGCAUCGAACAGUUAACUAAAUUGCAGGGUCCGUCUGCUGGAGAUUUCUCCCUGUCAGCAGAGCAUCUAAAGGCCAAAAUGCCCGCUGCAGUGGUCGAUUCUCCCUCAACUUCUACGGAACACACAGGGCCAACCAGCUCCAAAGACCAUGGCGCUUCUCCUAGUCCACAUGGACAUGACGAGAAAACCCCCUCAGUAACAACACCGCUGGACUUUCUGCUCGCGGGCUAUGCGGGAAAUCGGUCGUCGGAUCAGCAAUCACAACAAAUUCCUGCUCAGCAAAUGCACCUGACUGAUGUCCUAAAUCCUGAUGGCCCACUUUCCGGACCUUUAGCAACCCAGGAGUCCUCCUUUUAUCAUUAAAUUUGUACAUGAUCUUGUGAUCACAAUUCUGUGUUUUCGUCCAUUCCGCAAGCACGCUAUAUUGAUGUCAGCAUUAGCGAGUUUCAGAAACAUGCCUUUGAAAAUUUUCAGCUCUCGUGAUGUUUCUUGAUAUUUCUUCUACCAUUUUAUGGAGAUGUAAACUGAAGUCACCGCAAAAUGGAAACUUAAAAAAGCACAUAAUCCAUUUAUCUCGAAACAUAAUACACAUGACUUAUACGACCUUUAUUUUCCUAAAGGUGUUUUGAAUACGAACACGGUCAAUGUGAGGGGCAAAAACAGCAUUAAUAUGAAUGAACAUAGGGUUUUAACUAAUACUAGUAUACCUAAAGGGUAGAAAUGCUGCCGUAGGCAAGGAAUAGUGAAGAAAUGGAAAAUUAAGUGUAAAGUUUUUAGUAGAAGGUGAUGGAGGCUAAGAGGGCUUAAUCCAAAAUCUUUGUCAGUGAUGACCUAAAUUUAGAAAUUAUCUUCCUUUUGAGUAUCGCGUUAAAGGUGAAUAACUUAAUUAUAAGCCAGUUUUAGUAUUUUUCUAACGUACUCGCGUCGCGUCAGAGGUGGCCAGAUAAUUCUCGAUUUUGAUAUGUAUAUCAACCAUUCUCGCUUGCAACCGUGACUGAAUGACUGAAACUUAUUUUGAAGCUUUGAUUUGGCGAUACGAGCAAAUUUUCUAACUAUGGUAUUCAGUCUUUCUGUUCGCACAAAAAUCGAGCGUUUUCCACGAAACUUAAAAUUCUUGAGUUUAAGACUGUUUAUUUCAUCUGCCAAGUUUAAAAAAAUUUGUUCAACUGUGAUCUGCGCUACAAGAUAGGUUUGAGAAACGACCAUGAAAACACAUUAACUUGGCCAACCAUAUCACGAAUCAAACACCAAUUUAAACAAUUUUGGAGGGCAGUUAUGUUCAAUUUUUGAUAAGUACAUGACACAUAAAUUUCGGGCUCGUAGCUCUAACGCUGCUUGUGUGAUUCCCUCUUAGGACAGAAGAAAAAUUUGCUUGAAAAAUAGUAAAGGCUGCGGCUAUAUGGCCGGUUACCGGUCAAAACACUAAAUGACCGGCAGUCCGAUAUUUUUUUCAAUAAUUUUUUUCAAAUCGAAGAAUCCCAGCCAGACCAAACUAUCAUACGUCGAUUAAGAAUAGACUGUGACAGACUUAAUUUAUGUUCGACAAAUGUUGUCACAGUGUAAGUCUGUUCAAUUUCAAAGGUAAAAAAUAUUCACUCGAAUAUGAGCGGAUUCGAUCCCGGAGCAAAGGGUCUGCAUACCACUACUCUAACCACUAGACCACCGUGGUUUCUCUGCAAGAUGGCGAUUUUAUUCAAAUAUUAUAGCGUAAACCCCAACCCAAAAUAAAAGCCAACUGCUAACCCUUAUCACCAUUCUCAGGGAUUAACCCUAAUCAGUUUGGUUAGUGCUUCAGUUAGUAUUUUCGGUGCUUAACCCUAAUCACUAUAGUCAAAAUAUCGGACUUAUAAAAUAUUGCAUUUUGUGAAAAUAUCCUUGAAAGAUAUUAAACGGCUGCUUGCUCCAUGCAGUGAUGCUAUUUCUUUGUCCAUAUGCUACGCUAUUUUGCUGGUCUUAGCGUGUUCUGUUUUCCGAAAACCAACCUAAAUAUAUAGAGGUUUUGUACUUUUCUUUCAUUCUGCCUUGGCAUCGACUAGGAUAAAUUUAUCAUCAAUGCUUUCGAUUCUCGGGCGACAAGUGUCGGCCAACUGCAAAAGUAUGCAGCACGUGCAAAGAUUUUUUUUUUUUUUUAUUAGACCUGUUGUUUCUUUACUUUAACGAGAUUGCAAAUUAUUCAAAUUGCAGUUGAAAAUCAGUGUAAGAAGAAAGCACGUGGUAAUCCACUGCGCAUUCUAAAUCUCCCAUUCGAGCAUAGCCACAAUUCCUUGCGAGUCUACUGCGCAUCCCAAAUCUUCCAUUUGCACUUAACCAAAAUUCCUUGCGAGUCCAUUGCGCAUCCUAAAUGUUUCAUUCGCGCAUAACCAAAAUUCCUUGCCAGUCCAUUGCGCAUCCUAAAUGUUUCAUUCGCACAUAACCACAAUUCCUUGCGUUUGGCAAGAAAACGUGAUUCAAUGCCCCUAUAAUGUGAUUUUUUGCCAAUUAGAGAGCUGCCUCGUUCGCUCGCUUCAGGCUCGCUCACUGCGGCAGCAGUAAGGGUCAAUUAUUGUGCAUUGAGAUGAAUCGCUUGAAAAGAGAGACUUCGCUUGAAGAUGUGAUCAGAUUAAAUUAUUCAAACUAGUCACGUUAUACUGUCACGCUAUAUUUUGGGGCACAGAGGGAUUGGGAGAGGGGUGCGUGAAAAUAAUGCAGAUCGUUUCCUGCUAGAAUUAAUGGCUAACUUGUUUAUUUUUAUUCAUAAUGGUAAAAUUUAAAAGUUAUUAUACAGCCCCCACUUAAAAAUGGUACUCUUUUUUUUUGGUUACGAAAGUCUUUCAAAAGGGUACAAUGUUCUGAAUGAGUUUAUGUUUCAGUCUCACAUGAGAUUCUGUCGCAUGCAAAGGUCGGCGACAAGGUUUUAUAGUAGCCUGAGUGUGUAUAGCCGCCCCCUCCCCUCAGAAAAAAUAGCCCCUUGCAGCCCAGUUAAAAAUCGCCUUUCGGCAAUUCUUGUUUUCAGGCAUAUUCUUGCAGCAGUUCAUUUCAAUUUCAACCUGCACAGGGAAGUUAAAUGCAGAGAAAGUGAUGGAACUGAACGGUGGAGAGUGUCAUACCCCACGUUCAAAAACAGGAAAGCAACAGUGCGCAAUGUUAAAAUUACUCCAAACUCUGGUAAGUGUCAGCGAGAGACUGAAAUUUAUAACCUUGAGUAACAUUUCAUGUUUUAAUUUUGCUUAUGACUUUAUGAUAUUUCAAAGUAUAAAUAACAAAGUUAAUGAGGUGGAGCACAGUACAUGUAAAUUCAGUAUUUUGGCAUUAGUUGUCUUUGACAAACUAAUGUGAGGUGUAAAACAAAUAUUGUUUGCAAUUUGCUGUAUAAAAAUCAACUGGUAUCGUCAGUUCUACCUAUUACUCAACACCCUUAAAAGGUAAGGCAAGUAAAACUAUUUACAUUUGACUUCUCUUAAAGAAUAUGUGGAGGAAAUGCUUCAGACAUACUUAGCUUCAAGCAAAGAUGAAUUGCAGCAGGCGCCUAGGAAGCUUAGAAACAUGACCCCAGCACCAAUUGACACAAUGUUGCAGAAGCAACCAAGAGAAGAAGCUAUUGCCAAGAAAAUCAAGAGAUCCAAAAUGGUUGACUGA